CCCUCUCUCGCUCUCUGUAAGCCGAGCCUGCUAGGGGCUAGUGACGUAGUUUCCGGAGCGGCCAUUUUGCUGUUUAGGAUAACGGUUUGUGCGGGUCCGUGCUCCGGGAGCUGCCCGUGACCCGCCGCCGCCAUGUCCGACUUCGAUAGCAAUCCGUUUGCGGAUCCGGACCUAAACAAUCCGUUUAAGGAUCCCUCAGUCACACAGGUGACCAGAAAUGCGCCCCCUGGGUUAGAAGAAUAUAAUCCCUUCUCAGAUUCUAAAACAGCACAACCAGCAAAAGUGAAAAUGCCGCCUGCAGCUCCCAACACACAGCCGGCUAUAAUGAAGCCGACAGAGGAACCUCCAGCUUACACACAGAUUGCAAAGGAACACGCUAUAGCCCAGGCUGAGCUGCUGAAGCGCCAGGAAGAACUGGAAAGAAAAGCCGCAGAAUUAGACCGCAGGGAACGGGAGAUUCAGAGUCUGAACCAGCCAGGAGGCAAAAAGAACAAUUGGCCUCCCUUACCGGGAAAUUUUCCUGUUGGCCCAUGUUUUUACCAAGAUUUCUCAGUGGAUAUUCCUGUGGAAUUUCAGAAAACUGUAAAGAUUAUGUACUAUCUAUGGAUGUUCCAUACAGUCACCUUGUUUGUAAAUAUCUUUGGCUGUCUGGCGUGGUUCUGUGUCGAUACAAGUCGAGGCGUUGACUUUGGAUUGGCCAUCCUGUGGUUUUUGCUUUUCACACCAUGCUCCUUUGUAUGCUGGUACAGACCACUGUAUGGGGCCUUCAGGAGUGACAGUUCCUUCAGGUUCUUUGUGUUCUUCUUCGUGUACAUCUGUCAGUUUGCAGUGCAUGUCCUACAGGCAGCAGGGUUUAAAGGAUGGGGUAACUGCGGUUGGAUUUCUGCACUGACUGCUCUUAAUAACAAUAUUCCCGUGGGUAUCAUGAUGAUCCUGAUCGCCGCCCUCUUCACAGGUUCUGCAGUAGUAUCACUAGCUAUGUUUAAAAAGGUGCAUGGUCUGUACCGGACAACAGGCGCCAGCUUUGAGAAGGCCCAGCAAGAGUUUGCUACAGGAGUGAUGUCUAACAAAACUGUGCAGACUGCUGCAGCCAAUGCCGCCUCUACAGCUGCCAGCAGCGCUGCCCAGAACGCCUUCAAGGGUAACCAGAUGUAAAGGCUCCUGUCCAAGGCUACCAUCACCACUGUCAUCUCUCUCCAGUCACGCUCUAUUCCUCCAGCCGUGUUUGCAACACCCAUAAAAAAAAAGACUUUAAAUUGCACUUGCCAUGUGUAUCUGUUACAUUCAGCUCAUUCUAUGCCAGGACUGAAACAAAAAAAGGCUCCCCUGGCACGUUUUGGGUCUAUUGGUUGUGCAUGGUGAAAAUAAUGAUGCUGUUACUGGAUCUCUUGUACACUUCUGUCCCUUCAUCCCAACCCUUUCUAUCCUUGAACUGAGACUACUCCGACCCGAAUCCUGUCUGGGUAAACUAUAGUGUGAAUAUGGCGUAACUAGAUUGGAACUGUCUUCAGGUUCUAAACACCGAAAGUAUUUGCUAACUCUUAAUGCUCUUGAAUGCACAUUUUUAUUUUACAUUUUUUUGUUGGUACAUUUUUUUAUUUAUUUUUUGUCUUUCUACUAGAAAACACAUUAAUCUCUGGUGGAGCGAUCACUCGGUUCUUAGGAAACCCUGUGAUCACUAUCCAUUCCUGCACGUAGUAAGUAAGUAGCUGGUGUCUGAUUUUUACGUGCAUUUUUAAGGAUAAAGCACAAAUGGUACUUUUAUUCUGAUGUAGUCCGUAGAGCAUAAGCUAAAUGGCUGAUUUAACCCUUUAUUCCCGGGGUUGUAUCUAAUCGGAGUACCUCCGCGGGAUUGGUGCGUACUUUGGAUUCUUUUUUUUUUCGUUUUUUCUCAGUGGUUACUGUAAGGUCCAUUAGGGCUGGGGGGGAAGAAAGGGAAAAGCUGUAUCCGUGUUUGUGCUGGCUUUCUUCCUAGCCUUUUUGUGUUUUUGAGUGUUUGUGACGUCUUCUUCAACACUACCAUUUUUGCUGUUUUUGUCAUUUAAUGCAGUGCAUUUGUUAUUUUGCUUGGGUUUUUUAAGUAACUUCUAGUGGAAGUACUUUGUUUUUAGUUUCUUUUUCCCUUUAAACAUUUGAAGCUGUCGGUAGACAGACAGGACUGUUUUUGAUUGUGUAAUAUAUUAUUGUUGAACUACUGUUGACAUCUUAUGUGUAUGGGGUUGUCCGGACCGCCCCCCUAACGGUAGGUAGGGAGACAAGGGUAAGGCAAGUUUAACUUACCCAAGCCUUUGUUCUCAAGGGAGAUAGGACACCAUUAGAUGAAUCUGCAGCAGCCUUUCUCAUGAUUUAAAACACAUGCACUCUCAGCCAUGCUGAGCAUCCAGGUGAAGCGAGCAUUGAGCAAGCAACUAUAUAUUGCAAUAUAUUCCAACCAGUAUGCCUCCAGCUGGUGCAAAACUAUA